AGGGACACUGCGCUCUGUGGGGAAGGAAAGCGUGUUGGUGCUGUUGCUGAAUGAUGCUUGGAAGUUGAGGCUCUUUUAUAAGAUAAGUUAUAGGUCAUGCAUGCCCCACAGGGGGGCCAGAGCCCACUCCUGCUCAGAAAAUACCCAUUUGAGGGGAAACCGGCCUGUUUUCUCAUAUCUGGGCUGCGUAGUGCCCCGGUCCGUGAGUCCUGCUGCUAGGAGUGGCCUAAGAAACCAUUACUGGUACUUCUUGCCCCAAAUGGCAUGUGUGACACCUUUAUUUCCAGAGUCUGGUGUGUUUGGGAGGACGGGCAAGGCUGGUCUCAGCAGGCUGGCUGUAGGCACAAGAGCCUUUUCCCACCCUUGAGAGGGAUUCCCCAGGGGUAAGAUUGCUUUGUCACAGCCAAGUCAGAAAUUGUCCUCUAAAACGCAGCUUUUGGAAAAAAACCAACCCCACCACCCUGUUGCCAUCCCGGAGUUGAUGUGGGUCCCUCUGUGGGGAGGAGGGAUGGAGCAGGAAUGCUGUCAGGAGCCGGGCAGCCGAGGAGCAGGGUUGUGUGGAGAAGAAAUGUGAAGCUAUGAGACUGAUUUUUUUUUUUUUUUUAAUCAUUAUUUUUUUUUUCUUUGUCACACUGAUGUGAAAAGAACUGUGAUUUAUUUUGGGAUUUCUGUCAUCCUAGGUAUUUUGGAAAUAUUUGCUGUGUCUCAGGGGAUUGUAGGAAUACGAGGAGUUUUCAGCAACAAAUUUUUAGCGAUGUCAAAAAAAGGAAAACUCCAUGCAAGUGCCCGGUUCACAGCGGACUGCCACUUUCGGGAGCGGUUCCAGGAGAACAGCUACAACACCUACGCCUCGGCCGUGCACCGCAGCCCCCGCUCGGGACGGCAGUGGUACGUGGCACUCAACAAGCGGGGCAAAGCCAAGCGGGGCUGCAGCCCCCGCGCCCGGCCCCAGCACGUCUCCACGCACUUCCUACCCCGCUUUCGGCAGCCACAGCCCCCCGAGCUCGCCUUCACAGUCACCCUCCCCGAAAAGAAGCCCCCGCCGCCACCGAAACCAAAGGUCCCCCCAUCCCCGCCUCGGAAAAACCCUGGCCCUGUCAGGUACCAGCUGAAGUUUCGCUUCGGGUAGCGCACCACGGCGGGGAUGCCGGUGCCUGGGCAGCUUUUGGGGUGACCCCGUGGGGGACCCCGGACCAAUGUGGGGAGGCUCCGGGUCUUCUCUUCACCCCGCAAACUGGAUGGCAUCCUCGGAGGUGUGUGCUGGGACGACAUAACUUGGGCUUUCCAAAGAUUAUUCCUGUGGUGAGCUGAAAACACUUGAUGGACCUGGGGUCAAUUUUCUGUUGGUGAAAGAAGCAGAAAGGUGCCUCUACGGCGAACAUAUUUUCUUACCUUAUUUUCACUAGUGACUCUUCUGACAAUCAUUUUCAUACAGGAGAUAUGUUCAGAGCCAACCAAUUAAGUGCUUUUUUUCUUUUUUUUUUUUUUUCCCAUCUCCUUUUUGCUGCACUUUUUUCCUCUGUCCAUACCUCAGACACCAUAUAUCCAGGACUGCCCCUUCCCCUUGUUUUACAAACCAGCGCUUCCCUUCUGUAACAAGUCCAAGACCAACAAUUUCAUCCACCUUAUCUGUGGUGCAAGGGGGUCUUAAAAGUCUUUGUUGGCAAUAAUAGAUAUAUAUAUAUUUUAUUUUUUUUUAAGGGUUGCAGGCUUGAGGAGGGCGGCCGUUCGCAGCCCUGCUCCUGGUGCUCUCUCCUGUUCUUCCCAGGACAGCUGGAGGAGCGAGUCUCCUCCUGUCCAUCAAAGUAUGGCUUCGAUGUCUGUGUUUAAAAUACCUCUGCCCUGGCCCCGUGGCAUUCCUGCUCGCACGGGGAGGAACCCGUGCUCAGACCCGUCCCCGGGGGUGGCUGGGGGAGCCCCUCCACACCCCUGCUCCCCAGGAUGGGGAUGCACUUGGCCCCUGGGUGCCCACUGGUUUCUUCCAACAAUUUGCACUGCUGAUUUAUUUUAUCAUUCACAAUACACUUACAGAGGUGGGGGAAAGGGUUUUAUUUUAUAGUGACUGUGGUGAUGUGGCAAUAAAUGCUGUUACAGCUACUCGUACCUUUGGAAGUGUUUUUUCCCACCUGGGUUGCCUUACGGCCCCGACUGUCAAAUUGUUUCCCCCUUAUCGUGUUCUCUGUGGAGUAACUGUGUGUAUGGAGUUUUUAAUUGGCCUUUAGCUGUGUUGUGUACAUACAGAAAACAGUAGCAUUGAACCUCACCGGUUAAGCCUUAAUAGGAGCCCAGGUGGGCUCGCGUUAGCAAAACCCCCCUCGCCCUGAGCCCUGCUUAGUGUCCAGCAGCAAUAACCAGGGCAGGUGGCACUGCUGAGUCUUUUCUCCUGAUCUGGUCAUGGUACAAAUGGUUGUUUCCAUUGAAAUUGUGGUUCUUUUCCAUUUGCCCUUCUGGGCAGCCUCUGGCUGGAUGCACCCGCUCCAGCAGCAAAUGCUUUGGCACAAGGGCGUGCGCUCCACG